AAGACAGGAAGAUCGGAAUCGCCAUGGACUUCUCUGAGAGCAGCAAGAACGCUCUGCAAUGGGCGAUCGAGAACUUAGCAGAUAAAGGAGACACACUUUACAUCAUCCACACACUAUCAAUCUCUGACGAUGAAUCUCGUAACUCUCUCUGGUUCAAAUCCGGUUCUCCUCUCAUACCGUUGGCAGAGUUUAGGGAACCGGAGAUUAUGGAGAAAUACGGUGUCAAAACCGACAUCGCAUGUCUUGAUAUGCUCGACACCGGUUCGAGGCAGAAAGAGGUGCAUGUAGUGACGAAGUUAUACUGGGGAGAUGCAAGAGAGAAGCUUGUUGAUGCUGUUAAAGAUCUUAAACUCGAUUCUAUUGUCAUGGGAAGCAGAGGACUCAGUGCUCUUCAAAGGAUAAUAAUGGGAAGCGUGAGCAGCUUUGUGAUCCAACACGCGCCUUGCCCUGUCACCGUUGUCAAGGAUAACGAUUCUCACUAAAUAAAAGAUGUCUUUAUCUCAUAAGUCCCCUACCAUAAUAAUCAUCAUCGCAAUUUAUGCUUUUAUUAAUAAAAGAACCUUUUGUUGGUUUUAUUUGUAAUUUGACUACAACAAAAAAGAGCCCAGAGUGUUUUUAAUUUUUAUCUUCUAGUUUUGGGGGUUUCUUGCUUUAUAUUUCAAUUAAUAGUUGUUGUGUUU